AUGAACUCGGAAUUUGAAAAUCUGUUUGCUGCUCUUACAGAUGAGCAAAGAGGUAUUUAUGAAAAAAUUAUGCAAGCUGUGGAGUCUCUGAAUCCUGCCGUUUUCUUCCUUCAUGGUUAUGGUGGUACCGGAAAGACAUAUAUGUGGAGAACACUCGCAACAGCUUUAAGAUCAAAACAUGAUAUAUGUUUAACUGUUGCAACUAGCGGUAUAGCAUCUUUGUUACUUCCAGGAGGAGAGGGCCGAAUAUCUGAGCCUAAUGACGGCACCGCCGAAAUCGACAUACCACCUGAUAUUUUGAUAACAGAAUUUGAUGAUCCAAUUGUGGCCAUUAUCAAUACCACAUACCCUGAUUUCUUAAAUAAUUUUCAGUCCGUUGAUUACCUUAAAAGUCGAGCAAUACUGGCCUCUACACUAGAGAUCGUUGAUCAGAUCAAUGCCCAUAUACUUAACUUAAUGCCAGUCAACAAUGCAGGAGAAAUUCGUGACUACUACAGCGCAAAUUCAGUUGACAAGUCUGAGAUUUAUGACCCAACAGUAGUUGAUAUCCUCACGCCAGAAUUUCUAAGUUCCCUCCGAACAUCAGGUUUGCCUAACCAUCACUUAAAACUAAAGGUUGGGACACCUAUAAUGCUCAUGAGAAACAUAGAUCAAUCUGAAGGUUUGUGUAACGGCACAAGGCUGUGCAUAACAAAGAUGGCAGCCCAUGUACUCGAGGCUUCAAUAAUGGGCGGUAAAGGUUUGGAAAAUUUGGGACAGUCAUUGGAUAACGUCGGUUUGUACUUACCAAGAGAUGUAUUUACACACGGCCAGAUUUAUGUUGCAUUGUCAAGAGUAAGAACAAAAAAGGGAAUCAAAAUACUGAUACAUGAUGAAGAAAAGAAAUUCAAGGGGAAAACUACAAAUGUUGUGUAUAAAGAGGUUUUUAACAAUGUCUGA